AUGGCUUCAAUAGAGAAGACCACUGGCAAUGUGGCCGCCGAAAGGGUUACCUCAACCCAAGGACACAAUGCCGUCGACGACACCAGCGCGGCCAUCAACAAUGAGCACAACAUGUCUGUCAGGCAGUCCUUGAGAUUUUGGUGGAAAGCGAUCGUAUUCUCGUUUGUCAUAUCGCUUUGCGUUGUGAUGGAAGGCUACGAUACAAGUCUCAUGAACAAGUUUUUCGCGUUCCAGCCCUUUCGAAAUAGGUUCGGCGAUGAGAUCGACGCCGAUGGCAACAAACUUGUCUCCUCGAGAUGGCAGACCAUCAUCCUGAAUGGCACCCAGGUCGGAUGCAUUCUCGGUCUCAUCAUCAACGGCUACAUCACUGAAUGGAUCGGAUACAAGAAGACAAUGAUCGGCAGCAUGUUGUUCAUGGUUGGCGCCAUCUUCAUCCCAUUCUUCUCUACGGGACUGGAGAUGUUCCUUGUUGGAGGUAUCAUCCAGGGUCUGCCAUGGGGUGUUUUUCAAACACUGGCAAUCUCGUAUGCUGCGGAUCUCUGUCCUACGCAUCUGAGAGGAUACAUGACUUCGUGGAUCAACAUGUGCUGGGUCAUCGGUGGUCUUUUGUCUACUGGUAUCCUCACUGGACUGAUGAAGAACACGACACAAUGGGGAUAUCGCAUUCCGUUCGCUCUCCAGUGGAUCUGGCCUAUUCCCAUCAUUCUAGCCACCUUCCUCGCACCGGAAUCACCUUGGUGGCUAAUCAGACAAGGCCGCAUCGACGAGGCCAAAGCAGCAAUCCGCCAAAUCACUACACCCACAGAUGGCAUUGAAUUCGAUCUCGAUGCACAUGUGGAGAUGAUGGUUGUCACUGACCAAUACGAGAAACAAGUCGGCGCUGGAACCAACUACUGGCAUUUGUUCCGAGGAAGCGACCUACAUCGCACUGAGGUCUCUGCCAUGGCCUUCAUCACUCAAGCUCUCUGUGGUGUCCCCUUCAUGGGCUUUGGAACCCAAUUUAUGCAAGGCGUAGGACUUAGUCAAGACGACUCCUUCCACCUAACCAUCGGUCAGGACUGCUUGGGCCUAGUUGGAUGCUUUAUCGCCUGGUGGAUCAUGACGCGCUUUGGCCGACGGCCCAUAUACCUGGUUGGAUUGUCUGCCAUUUUCAUCAUACUUCUGAUUGUUGGUUUCAUCGGACUUGCACCGCCCUCCAACAAGAGUGCAAGUCUCGCUGGCGGUGUUCUAAUUAUCCUUAUGAUCUUCUGCUUCCAGCUUUCUCUAGGACCCAUCUGCUACUCCCUUGCAGCCGAAAUUCCUUCGUCGCGCCUGCGUGUAAAGACCGUCGCACUUUCACGUGCUUCCUACAACUCUAUUGUUUUCAUCACAAACACAAUCAUGCCGAAGAUGGUUGGCAAGAACGACUGGAACUGGGGUGCUAAAGGUGGCUUCUUCUGGGCUGGCAUUGCGCUUCUGUUCAUUGCAUGGGGAUACUUCCGCCUUCCUGAGCCAAAGGGAUUCACGUACUCUGAACUGGACCUAAUGUUUGAGCACAAGGUUUCUGCACGCAAAUUCACGCGUGAGGCCGCGGACGCGCUGAAGCCAGCCUUGACGGACGCCGCAAUGCAGUAUGAGAAGCAGAAUGGUGUUGAGCGCGUAGAGUCGCAUGCAUAA